AUGACGCUUUCAAGAAUCUACAAAAAUAAGCGAAAAUUAAAACGCCAUUCUGUUGAUGCCAGUUUGAUAGUGCCGAAUAUUAAUCAAAAAGCGUCAGAUAAAGAUCAGUUAAUAUUUACUGGAGCUUUUCAGCUUUAUCAGAGUAACGUCUACGCUGGUGUUUGUGGUGUUGCAGAACUGCCUUUACCAGCGACGCUUCAUAUUCUUAGUCAGAGCUUUGAAUCUGGUGAUACCAUCACGGCUUUUCAUAUCUUGAAAGGAAACAGAUCGCACACUGCUCAAACAUUAUCUCAACAGCAAUUGUACCAAGCAAUAAAAGAUACAUCCCGAUUAAGUAAAGAUCAUUCUGCUGCUUGGCGUCAGAUAUGGCAUCCAAGAUUAGCGGUGACUUCAUUUAAUGGCAUCGGAAAUCAUCGUAAUAAAAUGGCAAAAAAAACUAUUAGAUACUAUUUACUGUCGAUGUACUCUCUUGAUGGCAACAAUAACAACAAUACAUUCCAUCGCCGAGCAUUUGUCUCUCAAUUAGAUUUGGCUUGGAAAAACUCACUAAAUUAUACCUGUUACGAUGCUCCGAUGACCAUGUAUAAUGAGAAGUUAUGGCCGUAUUCGUUGACGAAUAUGCCGCGAUUAAAAAAAUUAUUUAAGGCGUGGCGGUAUGCACUGCGGAAGGGUGGUUGUGAUCAAUUUUUUAAUCGAGGCCUACCAAGUUUUAAUUUGGGUAUGUUAUUAAGCCUCAUUGGUUUGAAGUUCGCUUCAAAUCAGCUACAAUUACCAAUGAAAUCUAUCAUCAAGUUAAAAGAUGAUGUUUACCUUGAAAAUUUGUACUACAAUGGAAGUUACGUUGAUGUUAAUGUCGUAAAAGGAAAAUUUAUUGAAGUUUCCUCUUUCUUGAGUGAAAGAAAACAUCCAUUAUUUGCAUGUGAUGCUUCAUGUUCGUCAAUUGAUUUGAUAGGCUGGUUCUUAAGUUAUAUAGGCUUUGUUACAAAAUUUAUAGGUCCACCGUUAUUUUACUUGAGUUUCUUAAGUUGUAAUCAAAUUCAUUUCAUGCGAUUUAUAUGUGCAUAUGUCUCAGCCUUUAUGAGUCGAGAAAGAUAUACCGAGAUUGAUGUAUGGUAA